GACAAUCAACCGGUGAUUGUCGAUGCAGACGUGAACUUCGGUGACGAAAGUUGCUUCUUCGAACUUACGAGGGAAAUAUUCGUGUAUGUGGCAGAGAUGAUUCUACUUUGAUUUAUUGAACAUGACGUCUACAAUGGGAUUGCAGCAGCAAGCUGCAUCCCACGACACAGUGGAUUUUGCUAGUUACCUUCAAUCUACACAAUGCCAUCAGACGGAAGGACAGGUGCAAGGUUGUCAAAAAUCACCGCAUCGGGAGCACAACAGCAGUUUUACCAGCACGAAGGGCUUGCUCAAUGGACCCGGGCAGAACAAUUGUUUCCUCAAUAGUGCCGUACAGGUCUUGUGGCAUCUCGACAUAUUUCGAAGAAGCUUCAGGGAGCUCUCCGGACAUGCGUGCAUGCGUGAAUCCUGCAUUUUCUGUGCACUUAAGGACCUGUUCUCGCAGCUGCAGUUUUCGCAAGAGAGCGCUCUGCCACCCGAUACAUUACGCCGUGCGUUGGCUGAGAGUUUUCUCGACCAGCAGAGGUUUCAGCUUGGUUUUAUGGACGACGCGGCAGAAUGUUUCGAAAACAUUCUCUUGCGUAUACACCUUCACAUCGCAAGCGGCGAGGCUGAAGAUAUGUGCAGCGCGAGACAUUGUGUGCCGCAUCAGAAAUUUGCCAUGACACUCGUUGAACAAAGUGUCUGUGGAGCUUGCGGUGCAACAUCGGAGCCACUGCCUUUUACACAGAUGGUUCAUUAUGUGUCUGCAUCAGCUUUGACGUCUCAAGCUCAUCAAACGCCACUAAAUUCUAGAAAUAAUCCGGAUCUCUUUGGACAACUUCUCCGAAGAGCUGGCGGAAUGGGUGACAUUCGUGACUGUCCGAGUUCUUGCGGUGCGAAAAUCCAAAUAUGUCGAACCCUGAUGAAUCGGCCGGAAAUAGUUUCUGUCGGUGUCGUCUGGGACAGCGAACGACCAUCGUUGGAGCAUAUCAUGGACGUUUUUGCGACUGUGGGCACGUCUCUUCGGCUUAGCGAUGUUUUCCAUAGCGUGGUAGAUUCUCGAUGGGGUGCCUCUACUGUGCAUAAUCUCGUAGGAGUGGUUACCUAUUACGGGAAACAUUAUUCUACGUUUUUUUUCCACACAAAAUUGAAGGUGUGGAUCUAUUUUGACGAUGCCACUGUUAAAGAAAUUGGGCCUCGGUGGGAGCAAGUUGUAGAAAAGUGUAGAAGAGGACGUUAUCAGCCUUUGCUACUUCUAUAUGCGACACCUGCUGGUACUCCUGUUAAUACCGAGAAUGCUCCGAAGACUGUUAUUCCUUUUCCGAAUAAUAAUGGCCUAAAGACAUCUCCAAAAAACAGUGUUCGCCGUUCAAUUACACCUAGUCCUGAAAAGCCAUCCAUCAAUAGCACUGUCAGACGUGCCAUCACACCUAAUCCUGACAGUCCACCGCAUCUCUACACUCAACGAAGCGUUUACAGUGAUUACCAGAAUCUCACAGACAUCCAGAAUAAUAUAUUUGAUAAUCAGAGCGUGGACACGGUCGAUGGUGAAAUAGAAUCGAAGUAUAUUAGUCGUCGUGCUGUGGAAAAUGUAAUGCAGCAACAGAAAAAGCAGCAGAUGCAGUUAACGCGUAGCUUAAGCGUGGGAUCAACACCACAAGAUGGUAUCAGCAUCCCUGAUCAUAUGAAUGUGCCUCGAAGACGAGAUUCCGGUAAUUGGUCCGGUGAUCGAAAUAGUGCGUCGUCGAGUUCAUCAACUACGAUGGAUAAUACGUAUCUAUAUAUUGUUAAUAAAAUGCAAAGAAAUUCGGGCGUACCUAAAAGUCCCAUCAAAUCUGGGGAACUCUCGAGCAGCAGUAGCGGCCAUUACGACGCUGGUUACGAUUCCUAUUCUUUAUCUUCCACGGACAGUCUUCCACUUCAGCAGGGUUUAAAGCACAAUUUACAGCUUGCUCAAAUACCGGAAGGUUAUCAACCUUCUUCCGGCGACGAUUGUGAACGAUUAUGUAAAGAAACGGAUGCUUUGCUGGAUAAAUCUCGUGCCGCUGAAGAUGCUGGCGAUCUUAACACGGCCGUCGCAUUAUGCAAUGCGGCCAGUAAUAAAGCCAGAGCCGCGAUGGACGCUCCGUAUAAUAAUCCACACACGAUCACUAUAGCAAGAAUGAAACACAAUACUUGCGUCAUGAGAACGAGGAGUUUGCAUAGGAGAAUGCUGCAAGAACAAAUUACUGUUAACGGUGACAAAGAAGAUGGGGUGCCUGAAGGAAGACACUCGCGGGAGAAUAGUAAAUCGGGUCAACACUCGAGGCAAAGCUCACGAGAUAAAGGUAAUCAUUCCCGGCAAAAUAGUCGAGAACUUCUAGUAAAUGCAUCAACGACAGUAGCAGAUAAACCUGUUACGAAGAGUAUUGAGAUUUAUGCUACUUUACCGAAGAAGAAAACUUUACGUAGUAAAGCAACAGCAAUAAAUGUCAUUGAGGACGAAGAAUAUAUGCUGUAUGAUCGCCCGACACAAAGGACUGGCUUGUUUAGUCGUACGAAACGUGAAGAUGAUAAAAAAGAUAAGAAACGCGCGAGAAGUGAAGAAAGGAACAAGAACAUAUCAAAGGAUUUUUCGAUAGCACCAUCUAGAUUGUCACCAUCUUUAAAAGGAGUAAAGAUUGAUAAGUCGAAAGAAACCGAGAUUAACGCAACUGUCAGAAAUACUCAACUCAAUAAUGCAGCUGCGAUCGAGCAGAAGCAGGGCAAGAAACAGCACAAGAUACGCAGAAAAUUGCUUAUGGGCGGAUUGAUUAAAAGGAAAAACAGAAGUAUGCCGGAUUUACGAGAAGGGCAGGAUGGUCCGACAAAUGUGAAUGCGGAACGGAAUGCAUCCGUCUUACCGAAACAGUCAGUAGACGAUUCCAACGUUGGUCUAAAAGGAAAUGAUGUAAGCCAAUCACUGAGCGGUUACUUGUCAGAAGGACAUCUGGAAUUCGCCGGAAAUGGACCUGGAAAUACUAGUAAUCCGAAUCUUGAAAGAAGCCGUUUGAUGAGGAAGAGUUUUCAUGGCAACGCCGGCAAAGUGUUACACGUGGCCAAAGUGCCUCCGCCUCCUCCGCUCAGGACCACUUCUCAACUUAGCAAGUCUAAGUGUUCAGGCGAAGUGCACAAUGAGCAGCAAUCCGAUAAAGCUGCAUAUUCUUUACCGGACAAUCGAUGCGCACCCAACCCAUCGCAGGAACAAAAUAAUUAUUGGAAUCACAUGAACUCGAGUAACUCACCUAACGUGACAAACAGAAACUCAGACUAUGCUGAUUACUCUUCGGAAUCGCAUUCGCUGCCAUUUCUCCCAUCUUAUAAUGAACAAAAUACUAAUAUUUCUGGAGCAUGUCAAACAAAUUACAACAAUAAACCUAGGAUUCAAGAUGACGUUGUACAGUACGCUAACGGCAUAUACGAGCCGACCUUCGUUGUCACUCGCGCAGACGUGCACAAUGAACAGACUCCCGUUAAACAACAAUUUCAGCCAGAUUCCUUACCACCUUAUCCCGAAAACAGUAAUAUUUCACAUUCACGACAACCGAGCGAAGAUUUCCCACCACCACCGUAUCCAUUAAUUCAUUCAGUAUCGCAUUCGAGACAAGCUAGUGAGGAAUUCCCGCCACCGCCGCCACCGAUCGAUGAGCCGAGUCAUCUUCAAGAAACUCAGCAGCAUCAUGUUCAACCACAACAACGUGCGCAGCAAUUCGAAGCGCAACAGAUUGGCGGUCUGUUAGCGCAGUUGCAAAACAAAAGGGAGCAGAUUUUAACUGAGGAUUCAAAUAAAGAGAAACGAAUGCAGGAACAGGAGGAUGAGGAGAAGUCAUCAAGUGAAACGUGGUUGAGAGAACUGCAAGCUAAACAGGCAGAAAGGAAAAUGAAGAGACAAGGACCUUUAAAUCAAGACAUUCCAAAAGUUAGGAUUCCGUCAAUACCGACAAUUCCAGGACCGACUAUCGCUAGAAGAACUAGUGAUUUAAUGAUGAGUAAUCUUGGACAGAAUUAUGAUCAAGGUCGUGACGUUACGGACUGCCCGAGAGUCGCUUCUUCGGUAAAAGAUAUGGCUGCUAGAUUUGAACAGAUCAAGCUUCAACCGACUUUGAAGUCCGACUCAGAUGUGAAACCUCAAACGAAGCAGAAUGUAAAUUGCGUUUCUCCAAUGUUAGUAUCGGAUAUGUCUCAGGAAUCGAUGGAGGUUACAAAAUCAGCCAAAUUAUCUUCUGAGAAUUCCGCAGUCUUCACAAAGAUGGAAUCUUCAAAUUCCCAGACUGUUUUAAACUCUAGUUUUGAUUCGAGUUCCAGCCAGAACAGCUUUAUUGCAAUGGUGCCGUCAAAUGAAUCUAUUCAACAGAGCGAAUUAAAUGCCGCGAUGUUAUCCAUGUCCUUGACACUUCCGCAUGAGAAUGGUUUGCCUGUUGAUUGUCCGGAAGAUGACAUCAGCGAAGUGGCGAUGCAGAACACUAUACAAAACACAACAAUACUGCCAAGCGAGGAGGAUAUUGCUCCGCGAAAGGUGAAACGGCGGAUUGGGAAAAAGAAAAGCGUAUCAUUUUGUGAUCAAGUGGUGCUUGUUGCAACAGCGGAGGAUGACGAAAAGGAUUCGUAUAUACCUAAUCCUAUUUUGGAAAGAGUAUUACGUUCUGCAAUGAAUAAACCUGAAACUGCACAAGUAUUACGAGAAAUCAGAAGUCUUCAGGAGGCAGAGACGAUCCGUGAAAAUACAGCCGCGAAAUUUCAACAACAGACCCUUCCUUUAAAGAGUGAAGCCGAUAGUGUACCGGCGACACCUUUUCAAGAUCAACUGAGGAGCGUUAAUCCAAUUCCAGACACUAUUAAACCUACGUUUGGACGAAAGAAUUUGAGUGAUUCGAUUGGAUCACUAAUGGAUAAGAAGUCCUGUGGAUCUUGUGGAAAUGAGGGUAAAGACGUAAUCGAUGGUAAAGAAAGCUACCCUAGUAUUCCCAUGAACACUUCAAAACCGACAUCCUAUUCACCGCAGCUGCAACAGCAAAUCAGAUAUACUCAGAAUGGAUACACGCAAUAUAUGCAGUCGGUAUAUCCGCAAACACAAGCGUCCCAUCCAAGAAAUCAAAUUAUUCCUUCAUCGCAGACUCAGAAACCAGCUAGUCCUUAUCCGACGCAAAUGAAUGGACAAUACAUUCAAAAUGGAAUGCAAACAAAAAUAUUACCUCAGAAAAACGGUUAUGGAACAUAUUAUCAGCAGCAAUUGCAUAAUCAAUUGGAACAGCAACAUAAUCAAAUGAAUAAGCAAGCGACUGUUCAAUCGCAGAAUACUCUGAAUCAAAGAAUUCCUUCUCACAAUGCCAGUCCGAUAACUGUCCAGCAUUCGCAACAGCAAUUUUAUCCGCCUAAUCAAUCGCCAAGUCCAUAUCAAAAUCAAUAUUCUCAAAGUUCCUAUCAGGGUCAUCCCUAUCAGACUGUUCUUCCACAAAACAGAGCGGGUCAACCAAUACCACAAUAUCAAUCAUCAUCUAACUCAUUGGCCUAUCAGCAGCAACAGCAACAAAACACGCAGAAUUAUCAGCAGAGGCAUGAUAACUAUCAGCGACAAUUAUCUCACAAUCAAAAGCUAGAGCAACAAGGUCCUAUGGUGUCUAAUCAGUAUCCUAAGACAAUGCAGAAUGGUCAAAUACAGCCAAAUGCGAAAUAUCCUGCCUAUCAGCAUCCUCCACUUUCUAAACAGAUGCAUUUUACGAUGUCUACUGCGAAGGUUGUUCCGAUGAUAACUCAACCUCCUUUGCAGACGCCAACAGGCAUUGCGACCACCGUGAGAGCACACGUAACACCUUGCAAUCUCUGUCGAAAGAGAAAUGUACUUGAACCAACAUUAUAUUGCUCGGAUUGCGAUUUUUACAUGUCGCGAUUCCGACCGACUAACAAAACUACUUGAGUUGCUUCGUAUGAAGACGAUUGAAAGACUUAUAUCGGUUUUCAUCGAAUGUCGGUCUUCGCUGACUUUACAAAAAUUCAAAAUGUUUCUAU